AUGGACACGUGCAGCGCACACCACCGAUGGUCAGAUCCAGCCCUGGGCCUCGCAUCGCAGCCCCUGGACACGGCGUGCCCCUCGCUGCAAGAGCUGGGGCGGGCGCGACUGUGCACACUGGCACUCACACCAGUUCAUGGUCUGCCUUGUGUGAGGGCGGAGCUUGAUUGGACCGGGAGGCGUUACCCCGCUCUCCUGGCACCACAAAAGGAUCUCAGAUCUUUUCCUUGGUGA